AUGAGCACCCGUUAUUCCACUCAAUUGCAAUCAUCAGCUAUUACAUCCAUCACCGUCUCAUCAUCUUCUUCACUAGAUUCCACCACACGGGAUGAUAACCGUCACAUAGAUUCAGAUUUCAACACUCGCGAUAGCUCUCCAUCGUCCUUCUUGAUGAGACUAGCCAUGAGGGUAUCUAGAGCAAGGUGGUUCAUUUUCUUGAGAAGAGUGUUUCAUUACCAGAACGGCUCAAGAUCAGAUCUUGGCACCAAUCCUUUCGAUUCAGUCACCUGGAUGGUAUCAGAGCUCGUCGCUUUACUUUUACAGAUCACUGUGAUAACAACCACACUGGCUUUGUCGAAGAACGAGCGGCCUAUUUGGCCAGUGAGGCUCUGGAUCACUGGCUACAACGUUGGAUGUCUGCUCAAUCUUAUGCUAUUAUACGGUCGCUAUCGUCAGCAAAGCCAAGGAAAUGGAUUUAGCUUUGGUGACAUCGAGCAGCAACAGAGAAGCAGAGAAGAGACCAGGUGCUCGCAUUUGAUGAACAGGUGCAGGACAUCGCUGGAGCUUUUCUUUGCGAUAUGGUUUGUGGUAGGGAACGUAUGGGUGUUUGAUUCUCGGUUUGGUUCUUUCCACUAUGCUCCAAACCUCCAUGUCCUCUGCAUCUCACUGCUCGCUUGGAACGCUCUCUGCUACUCCUUCCCAUUUUUGCUCUUCCUCCUGCUCUGUUGUGUUGUGCCUCUCAUUAGCAGCUUCCUCGGCUACAACAUGAACAUUGGAUCUUCCGACAAAGGAGCUUCAGAUGACCAAAUCUCCAGUCUCCCUAGUUGGAAGUACAAACUCAUUGAUGAAACUUCUGGUUCUGAUUCCGCUCAAGCAACUGAUGAUCCGGAAUGUUGCAUAUGUUUGGCAAAGUACAAGGAUAAAGAAGAAGUGAGAAAGCUUCCAUGUUCGCAUAGGUUUCACCUCAAAUGCGUAGAUCAAUGGCUUCGUAUUAUCUCGUCUUGUCCUCUCUGCAAACAAGAUCUCCCCAACUAA